AUGAUCGCGAACGAAUUUGAUCUGGAUACGGGCCAAUUCAAAGCCAUUGUUGAAGGAUUCAAAGCCGAGUGUGACCACGGACUUAACACGACAUCGGCAUCCGGAUUAGCCACGAUGAUACCUUCAUACGUCACACGAAUGCCGACGGGCCAAGAAACAGGGACUUUUCUAGCGCUUGACCUUGGUGGCAGUAAUUUACGAGUAUCUGCUGUCGAGCUCUUAGGCAACGGUCAAGUCAAUGUCGUGAGAGAGAUUCGUAAAACGGUCUCUGACAUACAACGAACAGGACCAUCCACUGACUUUUUCGACUGGUUGGCCGAUGCAGUGGGUGAGCUGCUGAGCACUUUAGCUCCACAUCAAAGCUCAAAUGGCACCAGCGACAGCAGCAAGUACAGCAGACAGAAUGAACCGGAGAAGCAGCGACCAGUAGCCAUGGGAGUGUGCUGGAGCUUCCCGCUUGAUCAAACCGAUAUUUGUCAAGGCAAGAUAUUGCGCAUGGGUAAGGGCUUUACUCUGGACGAUGUAGACGGUCAAGAUUUGGCGGGUCUCUUUCAUGCUGCUUUCAAACGAAAGGACAUCAAUGCCACUGUCACUGCAUUGCUCAACGACACAGUCGGAACUUUAGUCGCCCAUGCUUACAGUAACCCUGGUGCGUGUGUCGGGUUUAUUCAUGGGACCGGGGUUAAUGCUGCGUAUCCUGAGAAGAGGUCGCGUAUCGUCAAGCUAUCAUCAUCAUCAUCCGAAGGAGCAGCUGAAACCACCGACAUUAUGCUCGUCAAUACAGAAAUCGACAUUUUCGGUAGUACAGCUUACUUACCCCUCACAAGAUUCGACAAAGCCCUCGACGCGCACCACUCACAGCCUGGAUUCCAACCUUAUGAAAAGAUGAUGUCGGGUGGCUACCUGGGCGAACUUGCUCGGCUGAUAGCGAUGGAACUGAUCAUUGAUCAUCAAUAUUUAUUCGACGGAAACUUGCCAGAGCGCUUAAGGCAGCCUUGGUCAUUUACUACGGCUACCAUGAGUGACUUGGAAAAGUUGGAGACAAAUGAGGAGAAACUAGCCAGGUUUGGCGAAUGGCUCGAGACUGACUGCAUAAAUGAUUACGUUCCAACGAUCGAGGACAUGCGGAUCCUCUCCCGCAUAUGUCGUAUCGUCUCAUCCCGAGCAGCUUCCUUGGCUGGAGCUGGAAUUGCAGCUAUUAUCGAGCACCAGAACAUCAUCACUGCAUCAGACGGGCCAAUCAUAGUUGGGGUUAACGGAUCGACAUUUGAAAAGUAUCCGCAUAUGGCGGAACGCGUAGAAGCAGCAAUACACACGUGGUUUGAUGACAGAGUUUCGCAACGCAUACGUUUAGGUGUAGCACGAGACGGUGGAAGCAUUGGCGGAGCACUUGUUGCUAUGCUGUACAGUAGCAACGAUAAGUGGUAA